CCUCGAAUCUCUACUUGAGCUCGAAGCUAAAUUGCGUCGAAAGGGCUGUGCAGAUUUCGCCCCACGAACGAUCGGGACCUCGGGCAAGUGAACAAUUGACGCUUGCUUAUUCUUCUCAGCCGUCGGUUCAGUUGUGUUGCGAACUGCAGUCGAGCUCGGAUUCGAAGUGGUUCUCGGCGGGCCGAUGGCAUGGACCCAUCACCGCGCUGUCAAUUGUCGAGUCCUGAAACGCUUAAGGGUCGGCCGAGGCGCGAUAAUUCCUGACGGUCUGAGAAGGCUCUCAGUCCACGGCAAUUCGCCGCACCAGCAACCUGCGAGUGAAGCUCGCGCUGGAAAUGCUCAGGUGGCGGAGAGCUCUGCUGCCCCUCCUCGAGACAAGAGACCCGAAGUCUUCCUCGGGAAGGCUGCUUCGAACUGCAUACGGGCAGGGGCAGCUGCAGCGAGGGGCCUCCGUGGAGUUUCUCCUCCUCGCGCCGCAUUCGUGCACACGAAGUCCGUGGCUGGAGCUGCUGAGCCGACGGUGAGGGCUUCGCAUUUGGACCCGCUGGAGACGAUGCACGUGGCCGCCGAGGAAGAUGUGUUACAGUUGGAAAAUGGGGCGGUGCUUUUCUCGGGCAUGGAGUCGACGGAGCUGCUGACGACGUUGUUCAACCUCGGCUUGGUGUCGUUCGAGCCCAUGGUGGAUUUGAGCGUGAAGGUGCUGACGUCGCCGCUGAUGAAGUCGCGCCUUCUGGCAGCGCCCGUCUUCUGGGCCGUGAAGAAGACCGCUUACUCGCACUUCUGCGCCGGAGAAGAUGCCGACGAGGCAGCCGUGACCUUGAACAGGAUGUGGCAGGUGGGCCUCAAGGGCAUUCUCGACUACAGCCUCGAGGAUGCCGAGAACAAUCAAGCCUGCGAUCAGAAUUGCGCGGGCUUCUUGAGCACCAUCCACCACACUCGCUCUUUGCCGCAAGGAUCCGUGAGCUUCGCCUGCGUGAAAAUUUCCGCAAUCUGUCCGAUAAGUCUACUGGAGCGAGUGAGUGACCUGCUGCGAUGGCAGCACAAGAGCGCGGAUUUCCGGCUGCCGUGGAAGGCAGAUGGGCUGCCAAUCCUGUCUGCGGAGAGUCCGACUUACCAGACCCGAAAAGAGCCGGAGGCGCUGGGCUUGGAGGAGGAGAGGGACUUGCUGAGGGGCCAGGAGCGCUUGAGUCAAUUAUGCGAAGCCUGCGCUGCACGCAAUCUGCCAAUUCUGGUAGAUGCCGAGUACUCAUCAAUCCAGCCUGCCAUUGACUACAUGACUUAUGCGGCAGCAUUCGCAUUCAACAGGCCUGGGACGCCUCCCAUCGUGUACAAUACCCUACAGGCCUAUCUGAAGGACGCCCCUUCGCGACUGGCUCUGGCCUUGGCCGAAUCCUCCAGACGCAAUGCCUCUCUUGCUCUGAAAAUUGUCCGAGGAGCUUACAUCACCAGAGAAAAGGCUUUGGCUGCUUCGGUACAAGCGCCUUCCCCCAUCCACAACAGGAUCCAGGACACCCACAGCUGCUACAAUUCGUGCGCUUCCAUUAUGCUGGAUCGCAUCGCAUCCAACGAACCUGCAGCUCUCAUGCUUGCUACUCACAACGCCGAUUCUGGGAGGUUUGCAGCGAAGAAAGUAAUAGAACUGGGAUUGGACAAGAAAGAUCCACGAGUGCAAUUCGCCCAAUUGAAGGGCAUGUCUGAUAGUCUGUCACUGGCCUUGGCACGAGGAGGGUUCAACGUAAGUAAGUACUUGCCUUUCGGCCCAGUAGCGCAUGUCAUCCCGUAUCUUCUAAGGAGAGCUGAAGAAAACCGUGGGCUUCUCGGCAAUACGAAGGCUGAUCGACGGCGCGUAAGGAUUUUGAUUCUGCUUCUGAGGAGAAUUUUCGACCGUAGCAAUGGGACUUAGCUCUUAGGUCUUGCUGUUAUUCCCAACAGUUGCUGAAGGAGAUGAGGAUGAUCUUUUCGACACUGAAAGCUGAUGAGGACACUUUCAAAACAGGGUGGAGAUUUUGCGCAGACUCGCCUCCGCUGCUGGUUUGAAGGAGGCAUCUCCUGACAACAGCAGAUCAACAUGAUCAUGAUUUGAAACUUGAUUACAUCCAAAUUGAGUCUCGAGCAUUGACGACAGCCGGAACCAUCUCCGAUGCUCAAAGGUACAGUACUGUCCGACACGCACUCCUUCUGGAGGGUCACAAGGACGCCACUGCUGUCAGAGGUUGUUCAGGUAAGACUAUAAAUAGUGACUUCAGAUCACACCUUUUGUACAAUCUCCUGUAAAGAACAUCAGGGCAGGCUUGCUUUGCUGGGACAUGAGCCAGCAAAUUCGACGAAUUAGCGCGUCGACACAGCUCUUUCAUGCCAACUGGUAGGCGUCUAUGCAUAUACGCUGCUCGGCAAUGUAAAUAAUUCGGUGGGAUCAUACGGAUUGUUGAUAGAAACUGAAAGGAUUGAGAAAGGAAUGCCUUUCUUUGUAAAGAUUAGAUCGGACAAAAUAGAAGCGUGUUUGAUAAACAGAAGGCUACCCGUGCAUUGUACAUUUGAAAAUGGAGGCGAACUGCGUGGGUGGGCCGAUGCGGAAUGGUUAGCAGUGAAACCUUUGCCUACUAUGACCGUAAUGAAUAAACUGCCCGCGAAGAGACAAAGUCGAACAAUUGCUCUGCCUGAAGGGAAUAACGUGUCACGCACCGUGUGAUCAUUUCAAGCUGGGUGAUUUUCUUCCUGC